AUGCAGUUAUCUGCUUACGAUUAUCUAACUCCAGAGAAUAUUGUUUUUAAUGAACCUAAAGAGUACAAAGUAAAAGACAGCAAGAUCAAAUACAAACGUAUUCCAAUUGAAGUCAAAUAUCCAAAUGGAAAGAAAGGACAACUUGUAAUUGAAACUCCAGUUCUUUUUUCUUUUGGAGUAAAUGAAAAGAAAAACCAAGAAACAAACAAGUUAGUUGGUUAUAGUAUACCAGUAUGUCUUUGGGCUAAAGGUAGUGAGCCGAGUACUAAAGAGCGUGCAUUUUUUGAUGUUAUUAAUAAUAUAACAACCAUCUCUCAGCAAUAUUUAGAAAAUGAAUACGGUGCAGAUCUAGCAUCAACUCUAUCUUCACCAUUAUAUUUUAAACAGGAAGAAUAUACAGAUAAGAAAGGAAAGAAGAAAACAAGAAUAGAUCAUUCAUCCGCACCAGCUCUUUACGCAAAACUUAUUUACUCAGAAAAAUCUAAGAAAAUUCUUUCAUUAUUUAAAACAAAAGGAAAGAAGGAUUUAAAUCCUUUCAAAUAUUUUGAUCAGUACUGCAAUGUUAAAAUGGCUUUGAUUGUUGAAGGAAUCUUUAUUAGUAAGACUGUAACAUCUUUACAAAUAAAAGUACAUUAG